CAAAGCAGGGAGAUGAGUCGCUACGCCAUAUUCGCCGUUCUCUCCAUUUUCACUGUUGUGACGUUGCAAACUACAGAUUUCCAAGACAACCUAAUAAAUGGCUACCGUGCCCUCAUUGCGGACAUCCAAGUGCGGACCCAAAAGUCUAGGGAAGACAUGGACACGCUGGUCUCGCAGAUCAAGCUGCUUAUGAAGAACGAAGCUGACAAAGCUAUCAACUACAUGACAGUGUAUUUGGAGCAGAUAUCUUUAUAUUUCCAGGUAAUAAUCCACGACAGAAAGCCACGCAACGGCACAUACUGCAAAGAGAGCAUAGUGAAGUUACUUGGCGAAAACCUGCAGCUGGCAGACGAGAAUGUGACCCUAUGCCUCGCCUUGGGGUACCAGAGAGUACAGAGAUUACCAGAGAAACUCCAAGUCCACUUCGAGACGUUGGAAAAUUUGAAGAAGUACUCGGCUUCGAAGCUGUUCGAAUGCCAGAAGCAACAGCAGGUGGGCGGAAACUGCUCCCACGAAAGCCAGGACUUGGAAAGGACUGUCUUCCUGUACGAAACUUCGCCAUUCCCAGUGGUGAUGGCAGAAAUAGCCAUCCAUGGAUUCAAAGAGGUGUCAGACCUCAGUGUGUGCCUCAAAGACAUCAUCUCCAGGAUGAUGACGCACUCAGUCAAGGUCAUAGGAGACUUCAACAGAUGCAUUCAUAACAUAGAAAUGCCUAAGCUUAAGUAUCUUCUCAAGUUCAUGAAAAAGUAUGCCUGAUUUGUAAUGUUUUAAGUUUCGAUGGAAAAUCUACAGUACUAAAUAAUUUUACAAUCUAACUAAAUUUCCCUUGUGUAAAAUAAAUCGAAAAUAUAAGUUGUAGGAAAGUUAUCUUUCAAACUAAGUGUAACAGGCGUCUCGCGUGAAUUAAAAUAACUCUAAUUGCGACUUGAGUUUAAAAUAAGUGUAAAUAAAACAAAAUUAAUUAAUAUCUUAAGUUGUGAAUGACAAGAGAACCGCUUGAGGAUACUUAAC